GCGGCUGAGGCCGACCUGUUCGACCUGAAGCGGUACAUGGCCGAGAAAGCCCGGCGCGUGGACGAUGCUCUCGACCGCGCGCUGCCGCUCCGACACCCGGAGCGGCUCCUCGCCUCCAUGCGCUACUCCCUCCUGGCCCCCGGAAAGCGCGUCCGCCCGGUGCUGACUCUCGCCGCCUGCGAGCUGGUCGGCGGAGAGGAAUCCACCGCCAUGCCCUUCGCCUGCGCCGUUGAGAUGCUCCACGUCAUGUCGCUCGUCCACGACGAUCUGCCCUGCAUCGACAACGACGAACUCCGGCGCGGGCUUCCCUCUAACCACGUGGCCUUCGGAGAGGGCGUCGCCGUGCUGGCGGGCGAUGCUCUGCACUGCUUCGCCUUCGCGCACGCGGCGGAGGCCACGGCGGGGGUCCCGCCGAUGCGGGUCCUCCGGGCGGUGGCGGAGCUGGGAAAGGCGACGGGGGCGGAGGGGUUGCUGGCGGGGCAGGUCGUGGACAUCGAGUGCGAGGGCUUCAUGUCCAGAUUAGGGGGAGUGGGACUGGAGGUGCUGGAGUACAUCCACCUGCACAAGACGGCGAGGCUGCUGGAGGCCGCGGUGGCGUGCGGAGGAAUCAUUGGCGGUGCGGAGGAGGAAGAGGUGGAGAGGCUGAGGAGGUACGGGCGGGCGGUGGGGCUGCUGUUCCAGGUGGUGGACGACGUGCUGGACGUGACGAGGACGUCGGAGGAGCUGGGGAAGACGGCCGGGAAGGACUUGGCGAAAGGGAAGGCGACGUACCCGAAGCUGAUGGGGUUGGAGAAGGCGCGAUUACUGGCGGAGGAGCUGGCGGCGAAGGCGGAGGAGGAACUGCAGGGGUUCGACAGGAACAUAGCGCGGCCGCUGCGCCACCUCGCCCGCUACAUCGCCCACCGCCACAACUGA